AUGGCGUUCCAACUCCAUCCAGUCCUCACUGCCGUUCCCGAGUCCGCACUCUUCGGAUACGGACGCUCCCCUCCCUACCUCGUCGCUCCUCCUCUUCGUGUUCCUCCACAGGAGCUCACACCCCCGAUGUACGCCGGGUUCGGUAACUCGUACUCUGCCACGUCGGACUCGUCGUCGGCCUCGAGCCCCGACAUCCAGUCCCUCCUCCCUCCUCGUCACCGCUGGACCGUGCCGACUCCCCCCCAGCAGCAAGCUCCGUGGUUCCCUCCUGUCCAGCAGCAGGCAGCAGCAGCAGCAGCCUACGACGGCGGUUUUGACGGCAUGCCCCCUCCUAUUCCGCCACCGAUGGCGGCCUCAAACAUCUGGCACAACGAGUUUGAAGACCAAACCAGCAGCGAACAGUACCCCACCGCCUCGAGGCACCACCCGUACCUCGCAGAGUCGUCGAUGGAUGCCCACCGUCGAGCACUGGCAGGUGCAGCUGUCGGUGCUUCCUCCAUGGGGCCCGGCGGCCUCCGGAUGGGGGCGGACGACCAACGUCCGCCUGCACCUCCAAAGUCGGGGCGUCUGGGCGUCAAGCGUCGUCAAAAGUACACUCGCUCCCGUACAGGAUGCCUGGGCUGUCGCGCUCGUCGCAUCAAGUGCGAUGAGGGCCGCCCAGUUUGCCGCCGAUGCCAGGUGGCCAAGCGCGAGUGCUGCUUUCCCGACCCGAACGAGGCCAAGAAGCCGAAACGUAACGGACAGCAGUCCGAGUCGGACAACGACGACGACAAGUACGACGGCUCAGGCUCGGUGGAGAACACCACACCGCCCACCGCCACCACCGACUUGACGUUUGAGCUCAGCCAAGCUGUCCCCGAGGGGUUUGGCAUCGGUGGCGAGCCGCUGGGCUGGGACCGUGCUUUUUCCCGGGGCCUGAGCCCGUCAGCCAUGGGCUUCGAUCCCAUUGCCGCGGGUCUCGAUCUCAUCGCUGCAGCUCCCACUGCUGGUGCCUUGGCGUCCUUGGUUGAAGGCAAGGACAAGUGGGCGGACGGUGAGACUCCGCUGCUCAGCACUCCCAACUUUCUCCUGCCAUGGUUCCCCACGGCGCAGGAACAGAGUCUCAUCCUUCACUACUGCGCAAACGCCGCAGACCUCAUGAUGGCGAUUCCGUCCUCUCUCAACCCCAUGCUGGCCAUCAACUUGCCGCUGGCCCUCGAGUCUCCGAGGGGCAUGAACCCGGCCGCCGACGCCCUCCGUGUCACCCUUCUCGGUAUCGGGGCUGUGCACCAGGCUUUUCUGCUCGCCCGUUCCGGAAUGAACACUGUCCAGACCACCGCCACGUUUCAGUAUGCCGCCAACCUUCGCGACAUGGCCAAGCAGAUGGUCUGCCGUGCCCUCGAUGACCCCGCCGCAGCUGCCAGCGACGCUGCGUUGAGCGCCGCCACCUCCCUGGCGACCAUUGACAUCUUCUUUGGCGGCGAGCACUGGCUGGACAACUUUGCCGUCGCCAAGCGCCUCGUCGCCCAGCGAGGUGGACCCGCGCGCAUGCUCAAGGCCUCGACCCCGACUCAGCUCGCCGACGGUGUAACGGCUACCCCUGCGCGACUUCUCCUUGAGAUGCUGGCCAUUUACGAGACGCUAGGAUGCCUCACCCUUGGCCAGGAGCCAGAGCUCAUUUCCGAGUCUGAGAACUGGUGGUUUGAGAAGAGCUCGAGCACGUACGACGAGCACUCGGUGGAGACCUUGUUCGGUAUGAGCAAGGUCAUGGUCCACCUCUUCUCGCGCAUCUCGCGCCUCUUGGCCCGCGUGGCCAAGCAGGGUCGUUACCUCGAAGAGCCGCCCAAGACGACGACGCGCUCGGCAAACAUUGGGCCCGAGGGCUUUAUCCACAUCGACUCGUCCUCGACCGGCCUGCUGCCCGCCAAUGUCCUCCCCAACAUUUUCCAGUCGCCGACUGGCACCGCCGCCCCGCCACAGGCGUCGCGCGUAGGCAGCCCGCUCGACGACGGUGCCCUGCACACCGAGGCGGCCAACCUCAACACGGACAUUGACGCGUGGAUCCAGAGCCUGCAGAACACGCAGGUCGUGCCCGUCGAGCACGAGCGUGUCCAGGUGGGCAACAAGGCGUACGCCAGCACGAUGAAGAUCCUCCUCCUGCGCAUGGCCUACGGCCGCCGCCGGGGCGACCCCGAGGUGCAAGAGGCCGCGCAGGAGGUCCUCCAGCACUGCAGCGUGAGCACGGCCGCGCUCGGCAUGAGCAUCGACCUCAUGUGGCCCGCGGUCAUUGCCGGCUGCGAGGUGGACGGCGGCAGCCGCCAGUGGCUCCUGACCCUGCUCGAGGGGUUCAAGGCCCAGUGCUGCUUCGACGUCGAGACGGCCAGCCGGAUCAUCCAGGAAGUCUGGCGCCGCGUCGACACUGGCGAGCCCCGCGCAGAGUGGAAGGCCGUGUGCGACGACCUCGGACUCAAGGUCCUGCUGUGCUAA